AUGGCUGCAAUGGAGAAGAUUGAGGAGCAGUUUGGCAGGCUGCGCCUUGCAAAGCGCUCUGUGCUAAGUGAAGAACCUGCUUACUUGUUGGACAUAGACAUUUCAAAACCUGUUCAGUCUGAAAGCAGCCACUUUGUGGCAGUUUCAUGUUCCAAUCAGUCAAUUAGGAUUUAUAACAGGGCAACGUUAACCUUCCUGCGGGAGUACAGUAGCAGUCCUGGGAUGCUGAAUGGAGUCAGGUUUGCGCACACGCGUGACAGCGUGGUGUUUUCAGCAUGCACUGAUGGCACAGUAAAAUGUUGGGAUGUUCGUUUAGCAACACAGAAAGCUGUGCAGAUAUUCAGUGGGUAUCCUUCCAAUGUUUUCAUCAGCUUUGAUAUUAAUUGCAGUGAUCUCAUAAUUUGUGCCGGAACGGAAAAAGUGGAAAAGGACACAUUUUUGGUGUUUUGGGACGCAAGAGGUGAUACAAGCUGUGCCAGCAAGAGUAAAGAACCCUUGGGAGUCUAUUCUGAAAGUCACAAUGAUGAUAUCACUAGAAUUUGUUUUCAUCCUACCAAACCCAGCUUGGUAGUUUCGGGAUCAACUGAUGGGCUGGUUAAUGUCUUUGACAUUAACAAGGACAACGAGGAUGAUGCUUUGAUAUCAACUUGCAAUUCAGAUUCAUCCGUAAGUUUUAUUGGCUGGUCUGGGAAAGAUUAUAAACAGGUCUAUUGCAUGACACACGAUGAAGGAUUUUCUUGGUGGGACCUUGCUCAGUUAGAUACUGAAGAACCCAUAACAUUACUGCACGUCCUGGAUGUCCGAGAGGCAGUCUGCAUCGAAAACGGCACCUUAAAUUACCUGGUAGGUGGCUUGUACCAUGAAAAAGCAGAUAAACUGCUGCUUAUUGGGGGAACAUCCACAGGGAACAUCCACCUAAUAAGCUGUGGCCUCGAUGGGCUGAGUGUUGUGGGCGCCCUUCGAGGAGGCCACGCUGCUGCCGUCCGCUCUUUCUGCUGGGACGCGACGGAUGAGUCGCUGUUGACUGGUGCUGAGGAUGCACAACUGUUGCUGUGGAAACCGGGAGCUGCCGAGAGGUCCCUCGCAAAGAAAACGUCUCUGAAAACCGCUUCUUCCGUUCAGAAGAGAGUGAGGGUUCAUAGCACCUCCCUGCGAAGCAGCAAGAAGUAAAAUACCGCAAAUGGAGAGCUCUGCUAUGGAGAGCUUUU